AUGAAGUCACUUACUACGGAGCGAGCUCGAAAGAUAAUAGACGAAGUCCGAGUCUAUAACGGGGGUAUCACUGAAGAAGAACGGCGCGAUACUUCAGAAAUUGUACUCCAAGCACUGGAGAACGUCCGUCAGCAACUGGGUGCAGUUACCCGCACACUCGCACAAGAUCUUUAUACAAGCGAGUCAAGAUUCGUCUAUGAGCUCAUUCAAAAUGCGGAGGACAAUUACUAUAGUAGUGCACACAAUGAUAGCCCUUACAUCAAAUUCACUCUCAUGCCCGAGGAGAUUAUCGUUGAAAAUAACGAGCUCGGUUUCAACGAGGCAGAUGUACGCUCGAUCUGCAAAGUCCGCGAUAGUACCAAAGUCAACAAAAUAGGAUUUAUAGGGGAAAAAGGAAUAGGAUUCAAGUCUGUCUUUCAGGUAGCUCAAAAAGUUCGAAUUCAGUCGGGUCCAUUCGAUUUUUAUUUUGAGCAUCUUCCAUCGGGCAACGGAAUGGGCAUGAUCACUCCCUUUAACGAGGAAGAGAAUGUUGGAGUCUACGAAGACGGAACUCGAAUAACUUUGACCCUUAUUCAGCCCGAUGAUUUCAACAAGAGAUCCGAGGACCUUCUUGGUAUCCCGGAUGCCCUUAUUAUCUUUCUGCCGAAACUACAAAAAAUUGAAGUUUUGAUCCAUGGAGAAAACGGGGAUUCUUCUAGAACCGUGCAUGAAAGUCACGAAAAUGGUCAAAAUUCGAAGCUUAUCAUACGAGUGGAUGACACCGUUUCCGAACAGUUCUUCCACGUGGAAAGGGAAACGUUUCAGGGUCUACCUUCACAUACUGCUCGGGAGAACAGAGACAGGGCGGAGGUAGUACUUGCCUUCCCAAUCACCAGUGACUCAAGGCCAGUUGUUGAGCAACAAUUCACUUUUUCGUUCCUCCCUGUUAGAAAAUUUGGGUUUUGUUUUCUGAUUCAAUCUGAUUUCAUUACUGCAGCCAACAGACAAGACAUCCUUCAGUGUCGCUGGAACGACGCUUUACUGCAGCAUGUAUCCGAAGUCUUCGUCAACGCAGUGAUUAAGUUCUGCUCUCGUCCUGUUCUCCAAUAUGAGUGGCUCUCCUACUUGCCAGGUAAUAGCAUCGCUCAUGAGUUUUGGCAAGAUCUUCAUGAUAUGAUCAUCAAAGCAUUAGCCAAACAUCCGAUUCUUUUGACUCGCAAAGGCGUUAGACAAUUACCUUCUCGACUACAGCGACUAUCUAAGGGGCAUUGUGAUAAGCAUGGAGAACCAUUGUUCGAAGACCUCCAGCAGGAGGUGUACCUGUCAUCAGACUAUUCUACCGAACACCGUAAAUACCUGCAAGAAUUGGGCGUAACGGACCUUUCGUGGAACAACAUCAUCGCAAGGAUAACCCCUUAUCUGCGGGGGGAAAACCCACGAUUUCUUCAUCCGGACCAGGAUGAUGAUUGGCACACGAGUGUAGCGAACUUAUUGUUGCGAGGGCUGAAGGAUAAGGACACUGAAGCUAAAAUCAAAGAAUUGCCCUUGAUACCCUUGCGAGAUGGUUCUCUGAGUAACAAUGGAUCCAAAACCAUAUAUUUCCCAUCUGAUGUUCUGGGAAACCAUGUCCCAUCGGACUUGGGCAUGCAGAUUGUGGAUGACGAUGCGCUUGAGAACAAUGCACAAAAAUCAUUAUAUGAGAAGCUGGGAGUGCAAUAUUGUAGCCCUGCAUUUGUCGCAAGGCAGAUUGUCAAGAGAUACAACCCCCCGCAGAGAAUCAAUCUUGCGGAAUCCGUCUCUCAUCUAAAGUACCUCUAUGAGUCACUCCCCGACGAAGCACUGAACAAGUGCAUCUUUGUAAUGAAUCAAAGCGAAAUUCCCAUAUACCGGAAAUUCGUAACUUUCGGGCGAUCUAUAAUUGUGGACGAUCUCUAUUUCGAUACAAUUGGGGACUUCGGCACUAGACACCUGGCCCAGGAGCUCCGGGAGGUGACUGGAUCAUCCUGCAUUAAUAUUUUAAAUGACGCUUACCUUGGAGCUAUUUCUUUGACUGAUGAAAUAAACGGCCGAUCAUGGAAGCAAUGGCUGGAAGAGAAAAUUCUAAUUCGCAAAGUACCCAGACUACAACACCCGUCUACAACUGGUAUUUCUCUUCUCUUUACUAAGAUCAUUGAAUUUCGACCCCAACUUCUUGCGGGCGUUCUCAAGAGAUACUGGAGUAGCUACCAGAGCCAGAAAACCGUCGCUAUUGAACAGGCGAUUCGCAAUGCAGAGGUUCCAUGCCACGGAACUAACACUCAUUAUCCUCUAAAAGCUACUUAUCUUCCUACUCCACGAUUGAUGGAAAUAUGUCAGCAUGCUCGUAUCAAUGAUUAUUUUGACCUUUUUAUUGAUUUUGGUUCCUCUUCAGAGGGGUCUGAAACCGGACUUGCUCAAUGGGAAUUCCUCAAAGUAUUCGGCGUCGGAAUAACGCCGGAUAUUAAUUUCUUUAGAGACGUUAUCUCUGCCUUGAUUGAAAAUACUACUGGAAAGAAAUUAAAAGAUGGUCUUUUCUACGUGUAUGAACAGCUCUUUGAGGAGAUUUCCUACGCCGACGGGGAUGAUAUCAGUGAUAUGCUCUAUGACUUGGAAGCUGUCUGUCUCCCAGAAACCACCGUUUCUUGUACAACUCUAGAUACUUGUCUUUGGAGUGGACUAUCUGGCUUGCACCUCACAGACUGCCUCUCACAAUACGCAGAAUAUGCAGGAAAUACUCGAGUCAGCUUUCUUUUUCGAGAUAUUCUAAGUCUGGGAGAUGCGAGCUAUCAGACGUAUCUAGAAGAGCUGACUUAUCUUCGGAAGCAUGUGUCUGCCGUAUACAUAAACUUCGAACAUAUGUGCGCGGUAUAUGCUGAGUUGCUGGUUACAUGUACCACGGUGGAGGCGUCGGGGGCCAUCCGAGAUGCAUUUACAAAAGACAAGCUUAUAUUUUUACCUGGCGAACAAAUUUGGGUUGCACCUCAUUCAUGCGUCUGGGCCGAAACUUCCAAUGUUGGUGGGCAAUACGGAAUUGGGGCUGUAUAUCCUGACCUAGCGGGUCUAUUCACCGAAAAGCUGCGCAUUAAAGCACCAACCAUUGCGACGUAUAUUGAGCAGCUACGGUUGCUCGCCGCCAAGGAUAAUGGUAGCCAACUAGUCGAAAUCAAACGCGCCAUCAACUGUAUUAAUGAUUUGAGUCCAACAGACGAAAGCUUAGAGGAGAUGAUGCAGCUGUCUUGUCUACCUGUCCGCGCUCCAGGGUCAACGCUCAAGUUAAUGAGCCCGUCUGAGGUAUUCUUCGUUCCGGAUAGACGAGAAUAUGGAGAAUUGUUUGAGGGGAAAGUUCCCGUUCUGGACUUUUCACUCGAAGAGAUACACGCUCUCCAUCCAUUUUUGAACGCUCUGGGAGUCACUGACAGAUACAUGUCCGUGGCAGCGAAAGAGACUACCAAGGUUCAGAGACCAUCAGAGACCCCAUCAAAGGAGCUAAGCCAGGCUUUUCGAGCAAAAUCGAAAGCUUUCUAUCGAUGCGCCCUCCACUAUAGAAGCACAAAAGCUCAAACUAAUAGCCAAGAUAUCUAUCAUAAGCUUCGACAUGCGUUAGUCUACGAAAGUGAUGGCUUCACGAAAGAAAUUCGACUGUCCUACGGGGGUCUAACAGUCACUGCACUCAGUGACCGAGGCACAUUCCACCUCGAAGAGAAAGAAGGAAUACUGAAUCUAUUUGUCCCGAGAGACAAUGUGCAGAGGGAGAAAUGCUACUUGACGCAAUUACCAAAUGAGCUCCGACAAUAUCUCCUCCUCAUGGAGAAUAGCUUUGGAGCGUCCAAAGCUUUCUUGAUGGUUAUUCAGGCUUCUUCUAUCUAUGUCCUAGACGAGGUUUUGGAUGAUGAGGGGAUAGUGAGGAUCCCGGAUAGUGAUUUGGAGGCUUUUGAGCAGGCAGAAGAGGGCAGCACUUCUUUAGGAGAGGAUUUCCAUAUUCCUGCUGGGAGAACGGAAAGCCCUCGAGAUAAUUCACUGCCAGAAACCCAGGUGGAUAUCGAAAACCGUGCAUAUACGCCAUCUUCGGAGGAGGAAGUUCACUCGGUUACAUCGCACUCUAGAUCCUCAACGCAGUACAUACCUGUACAUCAAACUGAACAUGUUCAUCGAUAUAACACCCCUGGCAUACAAGAUGAGGCCCCAGCGCCACCACUGGCCGAGCCAUCACAAUACGUCCGAGUUCUCGAGAAGGUUAUCCAAGUAGCCCAACGCACCAACAUACCGUUAAGACAUGCUGGACGCGAGGCUUCUGCAGCUAGAACCGGCGGCUUCACUUCGGAAGAACACGUAUCAGCAUUUGGAGCCAGGUCACAGAAUCAAUUAGCACAUGACAUCAAAAUCGGAGCAGCUGGUGAGCUAUUCGUCUUCGAACUCCUUCGCAAUCUAUACCUCCCAGAUUUCGGCCGCGACAACUGGAAGAGCACAAUCCGAAAAGAAGUCGCCGUCCACCCCGCAUACGCCGACCUUGCUCCAUGGAACGGAGUAGAAACCUCGGAUAUAAUAUACUACGAUUCCGCCUCGAGACUGACGCAGAUUCUGAUUGACAACGGUUAUCUACCGAGCCAUCAAUGGCAGUACAGGAUUCCACGAUAUCUGAUAGAAGUCAAAUCCACCACGGGUAAUUGCGACAACGCAUUCUUCAUGAGCAAGAGCCAAUAUAGACGCAUGCAAAACCAAACCUUCGACGAUCAAACCCUCCAAGAAUUCAGAACCAUCUACGUGAUAUUCCGAGUCUACAACCUUGGCAAGGACGAUAUGAGUCUGCGCAUUUAUGUAGAUCCGGAUGCUCUGCGACGGCAAGGUGUGUUGCGGUUUACGCCGGAAUCGUAUAGUGUUACUCCUGGUGAUGAUGUAGAGGGUGAUGGAAACUAG